AUGUGCCUCGGUCCAAUGACCCCGAUGGAGCGCCGGCUGCCCUCCGUCAAGGUGUGGCUGACGCCGGACGGUGACCUGUGCCUGCCGCACGACGACCAGUCGACACCCCUGCACGCUGACCACGACUCCCCUGCCACUAUCACUCUGGAGCUGGACUGUCUGUCUCCCUCGGCGCGCAGCUCAGUCAGCAGCUCAGUGUCGCCGGCCGGCUCGCGGCGCAGCUCGGGCCUGUCGCAGCGCUCGUGCAGUGUAUGCAGCCGCUGCAGCCGCGGCCGUCUGGCGCUGGUGUUAGCAGAGUCGCGCCGCUCCAGCCGCGGCUCGCGGGGCUCCUCGUCCUCCUCCUCCGCCGCCAGCCGGCUGAUAGAGGCCGUCAUACGCUCUCCGAGACGCUCUUCCACUCUGUCGCGGCUCAGCGAGGUGCUGUCGCUGACCUCCGCGCGCCACUCGGUCCUCUUCGAGAGGAAGUGCUGCGGCUGCGGAGGAGGCGCCGGAUGUGGAGGAGGCGCGUGCGGAACCUGCUGCAGCGUCAGCGGUGGAGCCGGAGGCGGCGGAGGGGAGGAAUCAUGGUCUGCCGUGGCCACAGCAGGCCGGCUUACGUUCACCCAGAGACUGGCGUUUCCCACACUGGCAGGGAAGGAGGUGCGCCACAAACGGCGCAGCCACUUCAGCGAGGCUGAGGAGCACAUGAACCUGUUCGCCAAGCUGAUCACCGUGGUGAUCCUGUGCCUGGUGUUCGUCCUGCUGGUCGGAGUCAUCUAUAGAUUUUUGCGGUAGCGCACGGUGUGUGAUGUUUCCUUCUGGUCAAUGACU